ACGGCUGUGCUCCCUGGCUAGCUCACGUCUGGAAGCACCGAGUCAUCCGAAAGAAUGCUAUCUGAGUCUGACUCUCUCCCGGAUGGAGACACUUCGCUAUCGUCAGGGCCUGAUCCCAGGUGGGGGUCCUCCGCUGCAGUGGCCAUCUUCCAGCAGAACAGAGGAGCCGUUUCCUCCCAGGCCUGUGAACAGAGAUACUUUACCCAUUUCCAUCCCACAUGUUGUCAUCAUGACAUAAAACUAAGAGGAGGAGUCUUCGUUGAGUCUUCACUGAGGCACUGUGUGCUCAUCUCCUAUGCUUAGCUCAUCCCACUUGUAACAGCUUUAUAGAGGGGAUUACCUGUUGCUCUCUUCAUCUUUUAAUAGCAGUUAAAAGCUAAGUAUGUCUUAGCUGGAUGAACUAAGUUUUCUCCUUCUACAAAUUAUUCAAGUUCCACUGCUAGCAUUGAUGCAAACCUCAAAAAGCACCUCAGCUCCACAUCUGGAUUUUUACUUUUCAUAAAUAAUACCCUUGUUUAAUAAAAUAGCUUUUACGACUUUUACUGCCGAUUUAUGAAUAUGCAGAUUGACGCUCCGACUCCUCUGUUGCAGUGGACUGCUCUUAAACAGUUUAAAAAGGCCUUAUGCUAAGCUACAAAGUAGCAGGUUUAGACUAAUAUUCAGCCAUACCAUUCUGAAUUUUGAGGACUAUUUAUCUAUGCAGUUGUUAUUAUUAUUAUUGAAGUAUUUAUUUAAACACAAAGUCUCACUGAGAUUGAAAUCUCUUUUUCACAAGAGACCUGUGUACAAAAAAAAACUGAGACAGACAUCGACAUAUUAAAAUCACACAUUUCACAUGGUAAAUGGACUGGUUCUUCUACUCAACUUGAGUAGAAGAACACUUUAUACAGCAUGACUCAUUCACCCAUUUUCUAUGCCUAAGUGCUUUCUGUCUCACAUUCACACACAUUGACACUUGAAUGAUUGCAUUGGAAGCAACUCAGGGUUCGGUAUGUUUCCCAAACAUAUUUGGUAUGCAGUCUGGAGCAGCGAGGGAUUGAACCACCAACCUUCCCAUUAGUAGAUGAGCUGCUUUACCCCUGAUCGGUCAUAAGAAUGAAGAUAAACAUGUGCACGAGUAGCUGUGGACAAACAAAUAUAAUCCUUCAUAAUGUUUCUGUGAAAUAAAAGAUUAUAACUUUCUUCUCCUUCAUAUUUCAAAUUAUGAAAGAGAAAAAAAAGAGCAAUCUCUACAGGGUCACCUAGAGGUCGAUGUAGCUUACAGGAAUACACUCCUCUUUUUGACCACCUUAUAAAAAUCUGGAAAUAAGUAGCUACUACCAUAUAAAAGUUUUUUCAGUCUUCAAAAUUAUUUUUAUUGGUGGACAUCUUUAAUUCAUUUACGAGUAUAAAAUGUUAACAGUAAGCUGCUUUAAUCCAAAGAAUCUAAUUAAUUUGUUAAGACUAACUAGCAGAAAGUCAAAUCCCAUUAGACAUGACCAGUGUGUUCGGAAUAGAUGGGACAGACUCCAAAACAAAGAAAUUCCCAAACAGCUGCAGUUCAGGGAUGGUAUUUCUCAAAUUUACCUUUUUGGUUGGUCACAGCAGAGUGAAAGUGAUGACAUCCUACAUCUGUGAUAGAAGUGUAUGGGAUAUACAAACUUCAUUGGCAUGAUUUAAAUCUGUGGAUUGUUUACAUUCCAGGAAUUACCUCAGAGCACAAACUGGAAUAAAAGUGUUAAAUCAAAUCUGGUUUAAAAGAAAAGGCAUAACAGUCUGAAAUUAGCCCAAGGAAUCUGCUGGACAUGGCAGGACCUGUCUGGAUGGCUUGACCCUCUCUAAUCCAGAGCGGCCUAAGGAGAAAUCCCACUGAAAUUGACCAGCUGUCCUCAUCUUCCCGCAGGAGACCCGCUGCAAAGUUUAAGCUUCCAAAACUUGGCGCACGGAUGAUUUAAUGAGGGGAAAGAGUACAGCACCAAGUGAAGAAAGAUGAUGCAAUGAUAGAAGAAGCUCAAGAGGAAGAAAAAUGAAGACUUUGGAAAAAGGGAGGAAUGAAGAACUUCUGGAAUACAAGCUUGAUAAAAUUUCAGACACCAGCAGGGAGAAAAUGUUGUUGCAUGGUCAUAGCCGGGACAUAUGGACUCGGGAGAAGUGGGCCGGGAAGUCACCUGUGACCGCAGGUUGCAAAGCAGAGUCGUACUCUGUGGCAGGCAGUGAUGGCAGUAUCACUCCCUCAGUGGGCUCUGUGCCUCACCAGGCCUCAGGCGGCUCCAGUCCCUGCUCGCACUCCUCGUCUGGAGGCUCACGGCACCCUGUCACCACUCUGAAGAAAUGGCUUACCAAUCCCGUCCGCAAGCUGAGCUCUGAUGCCAGAAGUGGAGCGGGGAAAGGCGAGAAGCAGAUGUUUGGGUCAGAUGGGAGGCAACCAAUGUUGAUCCUUUCCCACACUGAAACUCAGCAAAGGCCUAUGGAAGUGCACAAUAACUACACCAUCCUCACCUCUGGAGACACAGAGUGGAAAGAUGGCCUGUUGAAUCCAGCAGUUCAUUCUCCUUUACAUCCAGCUUCUCCGAGCUACUUAUCGGACCUCCUGCAAGGCAGAAACGCACAGAGUCUAAGUCAAAGCAUCAACACUCUGCAACGGGAGGACAGCUGUACUGUAACCGAUGACUCAACCAGCCAGUGUUCUGGUACAGUGGACAGUGAAGAAGAGAGAAACAUUGCUUUAGAGAAGAGCAUAUACGUGCUAACAGAGCUGAUAGAGACAGAAAGGCUAUAUGUUGAAGAUCUUGGACUUAUAGUGCAGGGUUACAUGGCCACCAUGGGUAAUCAGGGCGUUCCUGAGGACUUGAGAGGAAAGGACAGGAUUGUGUUUGGAAAUAUCCACCAGAUCUAUGACUGGCAUAAGGAUUAUUUCCUGGGAGAGCUGGAGAAAUGUGUGGGUGAUCCAGACAGCCUGGCCCGGCUCUUCAUCAAACAUGAGCGGCGUCUUCACAUGUAUGUGGUUUACUGUCAGAACAAACCCAAGUCCGAGCACAUUGUCUCUGAAUACAUCGAGACAUACUUUGAGGAUCUCAGACAACAGCUGGGUCACAGGCUGCAGCUCAAUGACCUGCUUAUCAAACCUGUUCAGAGGAUCAUGAAGUAUCAGCUACUGUUGAAGGACUUCUUGAAGUAUUACAGCAAAGCUGGGAAGGAUGUGGAGGAGCUGCAGAGAGCAGUGGAGGUUAUGUGUUUUGUGCCAAAACGAUGUAAUGAUAUGAUGAAUGUGGGAAGGCUCCAAGGUUUUGAGGGGAAAAUCACGGCUCAGGGGAAGCUGCUCCAGCAGGAUACCUUCUCCGUCAGCGAGCAGGAAAGUGGCUUCCUGUCCAAAGCGAGGGAGAGGCGGGUCUUCCUGUUUGAGCAGCUGGUCAUCUUCAGUGAGCCAAUUGAUAAGAAAAAGGGUUUCCCUUUGCCGGGGUACACCUUUAGAAACAGCAUCAAGGUAAGCUGCCUUGGUGUGGAGGAGCACUCUGAAGAAGAUCCCUGCUGUCUGGUCCUGACUUCUCGAGGCACUGACGGCAGUGUGACGCGCUUCAUCAUGCAGGCAUCAUCUCCGGAUAUACAGCAGGCUUGGCACAGUGAUGUGGUCCAGAUAUUAGAGACUCAGAGGAACUUCCUUAAUGCUCUUCAAUCUCCGAUAGAAUACCAACGGAGGGAAAGUAAGUCAAACAGCCUGGGCAGGAACACAAAGUCUCCAUCUACAUCAGCAUCUGGCCUGUGGCCUCACUCCUCAGCAUCCGUGGACAGGCGUCAGCAGCCCUGUUUUCUGUCUUAUAACACCUCCUUGCCCUCUAUGCAUUCAUCCCAGCACAGCCCGGCCUCGCAAACGGUGUCUAACCCUUGCGUGGUAACAGUUUGUGCAGCUCAUCCCUCACUUUCCUCCCCCAUGCAGCUCAGUCUGUGCUCAGAGGUGAGACGUGACUGUGGCACAUCCAAUGGCCUGGCUCCCUGCAGCUAUCACAGCCUGCAGGGUGUGCCCACCAGUUUCCAGACGAUCACAUUUAAGGACGCUGGGACUUAUUCAGCGCAUCAACUAAAUAACUUGGAUCAGCUCAAGGAGAGCGAGCAAUAAUGCGCUGCAGUGUCACAUGAACUCAGUUUACCCUUCUGGAGCUGGAGUACCUCGACUAGGUCUGACUGCCAGGACACUUUGUUCCACUCAUGUACACAAGCUGUCCGAGUCUGCGCGUCUCUGUUUUCACAUAUUGUCUCAUAUUUCCUUUAGGCUUAUGAUGUGGGGACUAUUCUAGUGAAGUUACUUUGGUGUGACUGUAUUCAUUUGAGUGCAUCUGCAUAUACAUUACCAAUCAGCUAUAACAUUAAAAACAAGAUGAACCGAACAAUUCCGAUCAUCUCUUGCAAUGCAAAAACCUGCUGCGAAGCCUUAGGUGCUGCCAUUCAUCUGGAUGUUUCUUCCACCUUAUUAGCGAAGCAGCCUCUUCCAGCUGGACAGUGCACAAUACGCACUGCAAAAACUGGACGUAAAGUCAGAUUUGUUGACUUGGCCUCCAAACUUUACCCAUUCUGACUGAGGAUCUGCACGAAGGCACGAGAAAGCCCCGUCCACAGGCAACAUGUCCAUUCCACAGAACACAAAGUUUUCCACAGACUCAGUGAACCUGCAUCCAUGCCUCCAAAGCUGGGAUGCCAAAUUUGUUUUACAUUGAGGGGGCACAUAUAGCCCACUUUGAUUUCAAGUGGGUUAGGUUUAUCUACACAUUUAAUGCCUGUGAUAUCUUAAUAUAAGAAAAAAGUGCAAUUUCAAAAUUUUGUCUCAGUUUUUCUGCUUGAUUAAAAAAAAUGUUGCCAUAAGACAUGAACUAAUUUUAUCAGGAUGACUUUGGGGUUAAAUUGUAAGAAAUAAUUGUGUAAAAUUACAGAAAAAGUUCUGGUACCUCAUUUCCUUGACUGUCCUGUAAUUAUAAAACAGAACAUUGUUGUUAAUUCACAUUUUUAGAAUUAUUUUAUUAUUAUUGUUUUUAAUGUGGACCCAUUAUAAAACAAACAAA